UAGCAACCAGAAGUCUUUCCAGUGCUUAAUGGUUUCCCUGAACUGGUUUGCUGGAAGCUGGAUGUACAUCGUGAUGCCUUGUUUUCUUAAUGGAAGGAGCAACUGAGGCCCUUGCCUCCUCUGCAGUAGACACCCUUUGAAUUGGGCAAGAUGACCUCUUCUCCAUGGUAUAAGGAGAGAUUGCCUUCCAAAUGCUUUCAAGACCGCGUUGUUAAGAAAGAGAGGUUCUCUGAUGCCCUCAAUGGCAAGCGAUGGAGAUUUCUGAAAAGCGGCUUAGAUGAUUUCAGAAACGGCUGCCCCGACCCUUCUGAUAAUAUAACCAUUCGUGGUAAAAUGGGUCUUGUACCGAUCAUUCUGCAUUACAACAAAACAGAUGACUCUCAGAUGAUACCAUACAAAGUCUCAGAGCCACAGACCAGAAGUGAUGUCGUUUACUCCAAGCUCAGUCGAGCACAGAAAGCAAAGAAAAAUUAUAUAACACAGACAGAACGCUGCCUGGCCCAACAUCCGCUGGCACUUUAUCCUCACUUGGAGGAGAGUGUGCCCCCAGAGCUUUUCCGCGAUGUUUUGCGGUUCCUGGACCCCGAGAUGCAUCUGACUAGAGAAUCAUUCCAUGAUACGAAACCCAAAGAGGAUCUCCCCGCUUCUGUUCAGUAUCAGGAGGAGCAUGACACAAAACCAGAAACACACUUCACUCCAACUGUCCCUGCAUGGCUGCCAAAAAAGAAGAACCCUUACACAUGGCUUAGUGAAAAAGAGGUGGCCGAGAGAGAAAAAGCAGCCAAAAUAGCCUACAUUCCUCCUUUGGAUGAGAAUGUAAAGCGUGUGACAAAAGAGUUCUGCGACUGGGUCAGAGAAAUGGGAGGUGAAAAUAACAUUGACGAAGCCACUAUCAUGAAUUUGUUUGAUACGAGGUAUGAGUCCAAAGCCAAGCCUCUUUUGCCCAUGAAAAUAGUGGAGCUCUAUCAUGUGCCAGGAGAACUGUGGGACUGUGAAGGAAAAGCUCCAAGUCGGGCAACUAUUAAGAGCCUCUCCAAGCAAGCACCUUCAGAGCCCAAAAGUGAAAAGUAUCAAUAUGGAGCCUGGUACCUUCAUCCCAAGAAAUGGAAGAAGAAAAAAGUAACAGAGAAGGAGGAAAUACCUGAUUGUCUGCAGUACUUCCUAGAUUUAAGGAAAAAGAACACCCCAACGGACCAAGCUGAUGAAGUGCCACUCCAUGGAACCUACGCUUUUGAGCAAUUCCUGGAAAAGAAAGGCUACAGGAAGCCAGCGAAGUUUGAGGAGCUGCUGCGUGGGUAUAUGUGGGACAACACCUUUCUGAAGAGAAAGAACUGGAAACAAAAUAGUUUCCAAGAAAAUGGACACAAUGAAGAAUUACAUUAUGCUACUUUGUGGAGAGAAUUGUUACAUUUCGUAACAACAAAAGGAGCACAUUUUACAAGGAUUUGGGUAUCUGUGAAACAGUGUUAUUAAAUUAAACACUUGGUGUUACUGUUUGAAUAUAAAGCUGGAGAAAGAUCAUAGUUUAAUGUUAAAAAAAAGAGAAAGCACUGUGUGAUUGUAAUACUUAAUAUCAUUGUAACACAAAAAUAAUGAAAGUGCCUCCAUAUGUCUUAUCUCAUCUUCUUUCAGUAUGGUAGUGCACAUCAUUAUUAUUCUCCUCUUAUUACAAGUUGAGGCUAAGAAAGAAUGACAUAUUAAUGCCUAUCCAGUCAACUAAUUCAUGGUACAGAUGAUAUUUGAACUUGACACUUAUUUACAAAGCUCUACUUCUUGGGCUUUUCUAAAGUAUGGUAUUCCUUUUGUUCCACCAUCAUUUUGGGCCAAAAUGACUUCAUAGGUUUUUGAAACAAUGCACAAAACUAUCAUCUGACUCCAGCCAUAUAAUCUGCCUAUGUUUGUUAAAAUUGUUAUAAAGAUCAGUAUGCUUUGUGCUGUAUGGUUCACUUGCCAUAACUUUCUUUCCGAUAAAGUAGUUAUAUGUUCAAUGUUUUGUCGAAGGCUUUCAUGGCCAGAAUCACUGGGCUGCUGUGAGUUUUCCAGGCUGUAUGGCCAUAUUCCAGAAGCAUUCUCUUCUGACAUUUCGCCCACAUC